AUGGCUCCACAAAAGGACAAGAAAUCUAAGAAUACUCUUAACAAACUUGUUACUCGUGAAUAUACUAUUCACCUCCAUAAACGUAUUUUUGGAAUUGGAUUUAAAUAUCGUGCUCCACGCGCCAUUAAAGAGAUCAGAUCAUUUGCCAAACAACAAAUGGGAACAGAAGAUGUUAGAGUUGAUACUCGUUUAAACAAAUUCAUCUGGUCUCAAGGUGUUAGAAAUGUUCCAUACCGUGUUAGAGUUCGCCUCUCUCGCAAACGUAACGAAGAUGAGGACAGUUCAGAAAAAUUCUACACUCUUGUUCAACAUGUCCCAUGCACUACUUUCAAGAAACUCGGAACAAUCAACGUCGAGACUGAGGAAUAA